UCUGUCCAUUGAUCUGCAUCCAAGGUGGGGAGAAGCUCCGGGACAGCCAUGGCAUCCAGUCUGGAGGUGCAGAGCCUAGUGGAGGAGCUGACCUGCCCGAUCUGCCUGUCGCUGUUCACGGAGCCGGUCAGGCUGCAGUGUGAGCAUCACUUCUGCCGCGGCUGCAUCAGUCAGUGCUGGGGCCCCGAGGGCUCCGAGCCGCUGUGUCCGCAGUGCCGGCUCCUCUGCUCGGACAGGGUGCUCAAGCCGAACCGGGUGCUGGCUAACCUGGUGGACAAGCUGCAGCGGCUGGGCGAGCAAGAGGAGCUGAAGGCGAGCGGGGAGCUGCAGUGUCCCGAGCACCAGGAACAUCUCAAACUCUUCUGCUGGGAUGACCGUGAGCUGGUGUGUUUGGUCUGCAGGGAUGAUCCCGGACAUUCCCAGCACAGUUUCCUACCUCUGAAGCAAGCUGCCUCCCUCUACAAGAAUGAGUUCAAUGAGCUUCUCGCAGUGGAAGAACGGAAACAGAGGAAGAGGAGUCUCCUCAUCACCCAGCAACAGGAGAAGAUUGCUGAGCUGGAGUCUGCUUUGGAAACCAUUGACAGGAUUGAGAUUCGCGUUUUCCUGCAGGAUCUCAAAGAUGUUUAG